UAACAUGAGCAAUCAACGCAAAUUGAUGAAAUGAUUUAACUAUCUUUUAUGUCAAUGACAAAUAAGUGUCACUAUUUGACAACCUCAUAUUAAAAGAAACUUUAAAAAUGCUUCUUGUAAAAUAUAUAAGAAGAGUAUCCUCGCGUCAGAUGAUGGAUACAUGUCACAGAACUGAAAAGAAAUUUACACACCAUUACACGUAUAUACCACCACUGAAUAAAAAGCCAGAAUUGCCUCAAGUGAUCAGAAGAAUGAUUGGACUCCGUGAUAUCGUUGGAUUCGGUAUGAAUGGGCAACCGAUGUAUACGGAUCAUCCAUAUUUUCCGUUUCCAUCAAUCCGAUGGAAAGAAACUACUCCAGAGAUUCAGGCAUUAAGAGAGAGAGAAAGAGGUGAUUGGCGUUUAUUAUCUAAAGAAGACAAAAAGAAAAUUUACCGAAGCUCAUUUCGAUCAACAUAUUCAGAAUUUUUAGCUCCUUCUACAGAAUGGAUGGGGAUUAUAGGUGUUGCUCUUAUGCUGAUGUCCGCCGGAUUAUGGCUUUAUAUACUCCAAAAAUUGUUCGUUUAUGAAGAAUAUCCGGACAGUUUCACAUUGGAGAGUAAAGAACAACAAGUGAAGCGUAUAUUACGGAUGGAAAAUAACCCAAUUCUGGGAAUAGCUCAUGAUUAUGAUUAUGAAAAGAAUGUGUGGAAAAAGAAAAUUCCUGAAAGUAGAUUUUCCUUCCCAGAUGGCCUAGACCUCACACAAGAGGAGUAUGACGAUUUAAUGGACUACCAGAGUCAGAAGCAAGGUGCUUUAAAAGCUCCCGAACCAUGCGAGUUCAACGUACAAGUCGAGGAGGACGACGACGAUUUAUUGGACGAUCAGAGUCAAGAAGAAGGUGCUUCAGAGGAAACUCCCCAAAAAUGCGAACUCCCAGAUGUCCAACCCCCUACAGAAGAGGAGUGAACAUGAUAAUUUAUUGGACGAUCGUAGACAAUUUGAAAUUCUCUAAGCGAAUAAUUAGUGUAUUAUCAUGCAAUAUUAAAGAACAGAUAUUUUUA